AUGGGAGGCAAAAGCUCAAAACAUGAUCGUGUUAUAGAACCAUUAACCUUCGACGAAAAUGAUUGUAUCGAUAAAUUGAUGAGCUACAAAGAAAUCGUUACCUUGGACGAACUGCUAUACAGGUGGAAUUCAUACUUAACUCAUAACAUGAACGGUCAUAUUAAACAAUUGUUUGCAACCAACAAACCGUGUCGACAGCGUGUGGUGCAUGUUUACCGAUGUUUAUCGACCAGUGAAAUGUACUAUGAAUCUUACAUUAAAAUAAUGUCACUUGUACUUGCAAAAUCAAAUAUUGAAAGAUAUACAAUUGAUCUUUUGGAAACCAUAAAUCUUUGUUUAAAGGAUACUAAUGAGUAUGCCUACUGGAUCAGAAUUGGAGCCAAAGCACAUACCAUUCUUCAACUUUCAUCUCAAUUGUCUAAAGACAGUUUGACGGGUGAUAUUGCAACAUGGGUGCGAGGCAAUACCCUUCUUGGACUUUUGCAUAGAGCUCUGGUUACUACGCUUUACUCAGUGCCACGAAAACUCGAUUUACUUCCAGCUAUUAAUAUAAAUCAAAAAUACAUACAGUCGUUCAAAACCAUUUUAGAUCUUGGAUGGAUAAUGUUCAUAAAGAACAGUUUACCAGCUGAUUGUCAAGAUAGUUGGAGAUUAUUGUUUUCAUCUACUUCACACGGUGAGAGCUUCCAAUCACUCAACGCUGCCAUAAUUGACCAAGGAAGUACAAUUUUAAUUUUAAAAGAUAAUUCUGGUAAUGUAUUUGGAGGAUACGCUUCACAAUCGUGGUUAUUAAGACCAAAAUUUUAUGGAGAUUCGAGUUGUUUUGUCUUCUCCUUAUAUCCAAAUUUGAAUAUAUGUGCUUCUUCUGGACAUAAUGAUAAUUUUAUGUACAUGAAUAGUGGUCAGCAUACACUACCAAAUGGCAUAGGAAUGGGAGGACAAUUUGGUUAUUGGGGUUUAUGGAUAGAUUCAGAGUAUGGCAUUGGCAAAAGUAGUCCUUCGUGUUCGACAUUUAAUGAUUAUUCAAUGUUAUCAGCUAACAAAGAUUUCACAAUUGAUUCAUUAGAAAUAUGGUGUGUCAAAGAAAAACCAAAACUAGAUGAUGAAGAGGAAGAAAGAAAACAUACUUCAGAUAGAGAUGAUUGGGAUAUGAAUCUAUUGGAUAUGGCUGGACGUACAAAAUACUCUGAUGGAUUAAGAGAUGAAGAUGAAUUAUUUAAAUAA